AAGAACGACGAAACAGCGCCCUCUUGUGGUUACAAUGGCAGCUAAGCUUGACUUCAAACAAGCUAACAGAAAGUGGUCAACAGAGGAAUGCAGCAGAUCAGCAGCAAAAGGACAAUCCGCCUUGCAGGCUUGAUUAUUUUUAUGGAAAAAAAAUCGUUUUGAAAGGGGAGGCCACUCUGAAUAUAACGGGUCUUCUAAAUCAAUGUAAGUGCCACAGGUCGUUCCUAGAUCCUAUCUCCAAAGCCUUACUGGCAAGACGGGUGCAAACAACUCAGGAAGAUGGCGUCACCUUUUGUGCCUGUCCCGGUUCCCAUGGACAGAACCCUGUCAGGUGGUAGAAGCAAACCCAGGCGGCCACAGCGAGCGGCGUCUCUUGGAAGCGUCUCCAGCAGCUCGGAGUCUUCAUCCCCGGUUGCCCGGACGACAAUAAAGGAGCAGGAUUCCCGGUUUCAGUCCAGUUGCACGGACGGCACCCCGCCACCACCGGUGCAGAGCCCGGUGACACGGGCCCGGAUGAACGGACCCCUGGAGCCGUGCGUGGAGUUCUCAAACUGCCCUCAUUCUGCGUGCGGUUCUGCAGGCAGCCAAGAAGCAGAGGAGAGGCCAAUCACCCCCACGGUGCUGGGCUACGAGGUCAUGGAGGAGAGGGCCAAGUUCACGGUCUACAAGAUCCUAGUCAGGAAGAAUCCCGACCAGAGUUGGGUCAUCUUUCGAAGAUAUGCAGACUUCUCAAGACUCAACGACAAGCUGAAGGAGAUGUUUCCUGGGUUCCGCCUCUCGCUGCCUCCUAAGCGAUGGUUCAAGGACAACUACAACAGUGACUUCCUGGAAGACAGACAGUUGGGCCUGCAAGCUUUUUUACAAAACCUGGUUGCACACAAAGACAUUUCUAGCUGUGUGCCGGUGAGGGAGUUUCUUUGUCUGGAUGAUCCUCCGGGACCUUUUGAUAGUCUCGAGGAAAGCAGGGCGUUCUGCGAGACUCUUGAGGAAAGCAAUUAUCGUCUUCAGAAGGAGCUGCUGGAGAAACAGAAGGAGAUCAGCGCGCUGAGGAGGAGGCUGGAGGACAGGGAGCAGCUCAUCCUGCUGCUGGAGAAGCACAUCAAUGGUGAGAGAGUGAGCCCGGAGUCCCCCUGCGGGCUGUCGGCACGGGGCAGCGAGAGCAGCGCCGAGGUGGACGUGCAGUCGUCUGCUGUGGAGGCCGAUCAGGACGUCCCUGAUGAACACGGCAGCACCGCCCUCCUUUUGCCGAACCCCGUAACAUGUGUGAGGUCCGGACCGUUCGAUCCUCCGUGUGUUGGUGCGGACCAGCGCUCAGCGUCUCUCCUCCAAUGAUCCAGGUCCCUCAGCUUUACAAGAAACCUGAACACUAAAAAGUCCUCCGAUUCCCUUCCUUGUGUUCCUUCUCAAGCAAAACGCUGCUACUCCAUUCUCAACUUUUUGUUUCUGAAAUUCUUCAAACAUUUCAUAUUUCAACCACUUUUUUUAAUUUAAUGACUAUAACUGUUAUUCAAGACUUUAAAAAACUUGUAAAAAUACUUGAAAAACCCUAAAAAUUCAGUCCCUUUCAUUUUAAAAACAUCUACAGCUUCCAGUUUGGAUUGAUAUGCUUGAUUAUCCAGCAAAAUGUUGGCCUUUUUGGCUAAAAAAAAACCUUCAGAAAACUGAAAAAAACUUCUGAAAAAUGGUCGAAAAACCUUUCAAAACUAAGAUUAUCUACACAAAAACCCCUCAUGUCGUUAGUGUUGACCGAUUUCUCUUCUUUCCUAUGAAUUGGCCCUUUAUCUUGAAAAACCUGUGAGAGCUGCAGCUGUUAAAGGACUGAGGACUGCAGCAGGCUGACGUCAUGUCUUCUUUCUGGACUGCCAUCAGCAAUUAAGGGUUUAACUUUAGACAAAGCUCUUCUCGAAAAACUGUCUGUCACUAAGUUUACGUUUAAUUUUGUGUGUGUUGUCAGUGCCAGAUGUGAACUGUGGUUUAAAAAAAAUCACCAAUUUAUACACCAGUUAUUUAUUUCACUGUCUCGAUUUCAAUAGUUCUAAUGACCGACAGAAAACCUUCAGUUGAUAUAUGAAUACGCGCAUUUAUGGCAAAUCAUGUUUUGCUUGUAGAUAUUUUAGAAGAUUUUUUAAGCAUGGUUUUCCAACGCUGCUACUCGUGGAUUUUGCCUUCAGACAAACGAUCGGGCCUCAGAGGAAGACACUGGGACAUCCUUUAAAGGCGUGUUGUUCAAAUCUCAGCAGGUGAAACACACAAGCAUCUCAAAGAGUAGAUCCUUUGAUGUCCAUAAACAUCAGGACAUGCAGAAAAAAAGCCUUCAACUUCCACACUUCCAAACGAUUUCAUUUUCCUAUCACCACUUUGGCGGCUGUGGUUCACAUCAAGGCAAAUAAAGUUAAGAUGAGGCGUAAAAGUAGAUCGAGUACAUUGGUUGCCAUUGGCAACAAAUCACCAGUCGGGCUCUUUGGCUUGUUUGCUCUGAGACUGUUCUUGGGAAAUCACCCACCUAAGCCAUAUUUUCUGCCUAAAUAAUACUUGAAGGACAUGCUUUUGUGUAGAAAUGAUGCUAUAACCGCUGUUUUUCCUCUUUCCUGGGCCGGUUUAUGAGGAACAAGAUAUUUAAGGUUUCAUCGCGUCAUUCUCGGCCUCCAGCAGGUCAUAUAAUGCACUUUAUGGAUGAAUGGCGAUUGUUAGGAUGUUAUUUUUUUACUACCUUGAAACAUAAAACAUGUUUUGAUCAUCAAAUGUGUUUCGACCUCCAACUGGAUCAGAUACGUUUAAAUAUAUGUGUAUAUAUAUAUUUGAUUUUUCUCUUUUUGGUGUCCUGUACUUUACGUCAGAUGAUCUACUUGCAAAGCAAAGUGCCUUGAAGAUGUUCUCCUCUUGGCUUUUCUUUGGACGUGUUGGAAUAGCUUUAUAGACGACAGGAAACAUGUCAUCCUUUUCACCCUGAUGAAGAUAAUCUUUUAAAGACAUUCAUGUGUUUUCCUUCUUGGUUUAGUUUCAAGAUGAGAUGUUUUUGUAAUAUUACCUUAAUGGACUCUUAGAUUCAGAUAUGCACCUGUAGUUGCACUAUACAAUAUUUAUGAAUAGUAGUGUUAUAAGGCUUCAGAUUUAAAGGGAUAACUUGUGGAAUAAUAAUAAUAAUUUUAAAACACUGUUGAACAAUAUAGGGCAAAGAUGUUUGUUAUAUAAAAAGGUUGACACAAUAAAAAACACUUUGACAUAUUAAAAA